AUGCAGCGUGCGCACUACCUGAGCAAUGUGAAAACUGCGUUGGAUUUUCUAACGGAGAAAAGAAAGAUCAAGUUAGUGAAUAUAAACCCAGCGGACAUUGUUGACGGCCGGCCGGCCAUUGUUCUCGGUCUUAUCUGGUCUAUCAUUCUCUCUUUUCACAUUGAUGAACAUGGGGAUGUGUUGCGAGCCGCGACAGCAGCUGCCAAGGUGACGAAGGAAGACACAUCGACGCCGAGUGGAUCUGUUGCAAACGCUGCCCCGCAACAAGCUGUACCAGCCGUCCCUCCUAUUGCUCAUAAGAAAGCUCUUCUUGCUUGGGUGCACAAGUGCAUCUCUUCAGCGAUCAAACUCCUGAACAUUCAAGUCAAGGACUUUGGAGUGAGCUGGCGUGACGGUCGAGCUUUUUGCGCUCUCGUCCAUAGCGUCGAAGCCGAGUGCAUAGAUCUUAAUAAAAUCAAACCCGACGACAACAAAGCCAAUUUGGAGAUCGCAUUCAGAACGGCUGAACGAGAUCUAGGCAUUCCAUAUAUUCUCGAUGUAGAAGAUGUGGAUGUUGACAAACCUGAUGAGCGCUCAAUCAUGACAUACAUCGCCCAAUUCCUCAAGCAAUAUCCGACAGGAAAGAAACUGAAUAAGCCUCAUAGUCAAAAGUCGGGCAACAUUGCUCCAGCCCGAUCUCUAGAGACAUCCCUAGACGCAGUCGACUCUGCAAUUGACCCCUCCCUUGUUUUGAGUGCUUCCACCGUGUCCCUUCAUAACGCCAAAACCUCCAACCAAAAGGAGGCAUUCACAACCCCCACCUCCCUUCUUGACGAUGAAGGAAUCCGAAGUCUCCUAGCAGCCACGAGUUCGAGUCUCUCUGGAUCGGAAGAGGAGAUGGAAACGAAUCCUGAAGUUGCGCAAUCGAUGCCGAAUAUCGUUCGCUUCACCAUGCAUAUGGGCUCGCCUAGAAGGCAAGGACGGGCACGAACUUAUGCUGAUUUGAGGUUGGCUCGUGUGGCGAAAACGUACUCACGGUGGCGAGCAAUUGCGAAUAUUCGUGUCACUGGGGAUAAAACUGAGGAGACUAAGAAUACUGUCAAAAUUGAAUUAUAUGAAGCCGAGAAAGAACACCAGAGCCUAACCAAUUGUCUCGUUGAGUUGGGAAAUCGCAAACGCCAGGGUAUUCUCCUAGGUAUUCUUCCCUCUGAAUUAGCCGAGAUAGAAGCCAAAUGGACAAAGGUCAAACCCGCGUUGGAUGAAUGGCGUUGGAGACUUGACGAUUCCUUACCUGGUGACUGGGCAACGAUUGGUCGAUGGUUGGGCCAGCUAGAACGUUGUCUCAGUGCUGGCGCCCGACUUGCCAUUGAAAUGGAUGCUGCUAGCAUUACAGACGCGGAUGCAGCAACAAGGAGGGCGAAAUUUGAUGAUCAGUUAGAAAAACUGAAGGAAAGGCUUAUUGAAAAAGACAGAAUGACUGAACUACUGGAUUUACUGUUCAAAACAAACACUCCAGAUGAACCGUCGGCCCUUCCUGAGACUGUUGUGAAUGCCAUCAAAAAGCGCUUCCAGGAUGUGUGUCGUGAAGCAGAGAAUAGUUUGCGUCGAAUUAGUCGUUUACAUUUGCGAUGGAAGCUGACUGAUGAGAUUGCUAUUAUCAACGAAUUCAUCAAUAUGUGGAAGAAUAAGAGAUUUCAGAAGCUGGAAGAUGCUUUGGAAAGCGUGGAAAAGAUAAGAGCUUGGAAGAAGGAGAAGGAUCUUCCGAAUGCUAUGGACACAGAUAUCGCUGGACUGGAUGCUUUGUGUAAAGAUUCUGAGGAUAAAUGUGUCAGUGAUGCUUCUGCUACUACAGGGGAGCAGCCGGUUGCAGGUUUGUUGACUAUUCAGAUCAAAGCCGGAGGGGGAACUUUAAUUAUGCGGGAUAUUGCAGAGACUGAACGAGCCGAGGCUUCAAUGUUUCUCUCCUCACUUCGCGUUAGAUGGGUUGAUGCACAAAAGGAAAUGGAUGAUUUGGAAAAGUCCUCACUGACUUUGUUUGAAACAUGGAAGACGUAUGAAACGGAAACUCAAAGCAUCUAUGCAUGGAUGCAGGAUGCCGAGAAUAAACUUCGACGGGAGAGCAUAACCACUUCAGAGAAGCGUUUCCUUCUCUCCCAACUAAAUAAUUGGCGCGAUCGACUUAGUGCUCUUCAGGAUCUCGGCGCCGCCCUUAUUGGUCAAUCCACCAUCUCAACUGGACAAGCGAUCAACAAAGAAAUGGCCGAUAUGUUCCGACAGCUUGACAACAUCUCAAAUGAGGUUGAAAGGUCAACUCAGGCAGAGACUAUCGAAAAUCUGAAACGGGAUUUCGAUCUUGCACUGAAUCAUAUGAAUGAUUUGCUUCGAAAUGCGAAUGAAUUAAUAAAUAAAGAAGUUUCUCUCCCUCAAACCACUAGUAUGCAAAAGGCGGAGGAAGCUACCUCAGAUUACAGCCACCAACUUCAAGACAGCAAAGAAAAAAUUAUCAAAAGUCUUGAAUAUGAAUACAAGCUUGCUGAGGAAAUUUUGCAAAAGUUAAUGGCAGCUUCUAAAGAUGGCGAUAUUGACUUCUCGGAGGUAGAGCAUUGGAGACAGGAAACUGAACGUCUUCGAAAUCUAUUGCAACAAAUGGCAACCGAGAAGAUCGAUAACCGACUCUCUGAAUUGGCUUUAGCAAUGCGUGAGGCUGUAUCUGUAGCCGUCAAACUUGCCCAAAUGUCCGAAUGGAUUGAAGAGGCUGAAGCUGCUACUAAUGCGGAUAUUCCUAAAUCUAUGGACGAAAUUUCAUUGGAUAGCCUAGGCUCAAUUAGUCCAGAUGAGGCAAUUCGUCGACUUGAGAUACAUUGUAAAAGUAUAAACGAUCAAACGAAAGCUCUAGAAGAAGCAGAAUCGAGGUUGGAGGAGUUGAAAGCGAAAGGUCUGAAGUCGGUCAACAUCUCGGAGCUAGAAACAAGUAUUGCAGAGACCCGAGAAAGGAUAAACAUAAUGCUGGAGCAGACUAGGAAACGAGAGCAGCUAUUACUCAAACAAAGCCAGACCCGAGAGGCUGUGAUAAAAGCUGCUGAAAGCCUGGAACAGUGGUUAUCAGAUGCCGAGCAUGUUGUUACCACCUCCCUAAAUACCAUGCUUCCGAUGAAUAAUAAGACGCUAACAGAAUCAGCCUGUAUCACCCAGUGGAGUCUCGAUCGCCUGGAACAGCAACGCAACGCCCAUGUAACUUUCUGUGACGAGCAUCUUCUUCAAGGUACCGAAUUUUUCGACACAAUGAACCAGUGCUUUGAGAGCUUUGUCGAAGUUUGGCCUAUGACCACGGUAAAUGAAAGCGCAGAAACCGAGAUUGUUGUAUGCUCUAAAGAGGUGGUCUCUAGAGUGGAAUGCUUGCGUCAACGGUAUAAUGAUGUUGUUGGCCUUUCGCCACGUGCUCUUCUGACAGUUCGAUUUUUGAUAACUGAUGUGAAGAUUGGAGAGAAGUUGAUGGAAGCAUCAGAAAAGCUAAGGCAGGAGGAAUCUCGAAUCGAGGCAGGUGAAGAAGUCAGCUCAGUUCUCAGUGAGCAUGAAGCCUAUUUCUUCUCUCCUGACUUUCUGGAAGAGUUGCCUGCCUUGGUGAUUGAGAUGGAGAAUAUCUUGUCGGAGUUGGUUGAAAUUGAGCCCGAUCUUGCAGAGCAGUAUGCACAGCGGACAGAAGUUCGAUCUAAAAUUCUCUACCAACUCAAAGGUCGUGCUGAACAAUUAGCAAUUAAUAUGCGAGAACUACCCGAAAAGUGGUUGGAUUUUGAUGCCAAAUUGGGAGGGCUCGAACAUUGGACGACUGAAUUCGAGGAGCUUGCAAAUCAGCUUUGCUCCGAUGGUCUGGCAGGCAGUGAGGAUUUGAUGGAUCCGGAAGUCGCAGCAGAAGUUGCGCGUCGCUACCGUGCAAUGCUCGAAAAAUUUGAAGAGAUGAUUGAUUCUACAAACUCUAAUAUCUCUUUGGCGGAGCGUCUUAACAAUAUAUUGCAAGAGCUGAUUGGUGAAGGGGGACUUUCGCCAUCUGAAAUAGCUAACCGACGCACUAAUUUGGCUCGCGUUCUCAAUAGCCUUCAUGACCUUGAAAGUAUGACCUCCGAUGUCCGAGAGACUGCUUCAAAGAGAGUUGAAUCGCUUGAUCAGCAAUAUGCAGCUGCGUUGGCAGAGCAUGAACGAGCAAACCGACUGAGAGCGCAAAUAGAAGAACUACCAAACGAACCUGACAUGCAGUUCGUGGAAUCUGAUGAAAUGAAACGUCUUUUAGCUGAACGAGAUGCCCUUAUUGCCCGCGUUAAUGAGGAGAAAAAGACCUCUCUUGCCUACCUCAUGCAAAUGUCUACUCUAGAUCAAGCUAAGCUACCUCAAAUGCGACCUAAGGAAAAUCAAUUUUUACAAGUCUGGGAGGAUGCUGACCGCGUGAUGGAAGAAAAGGCGGUAAAUCUUAGGACUGCAACUGAAGCCAGUGGACAGUUUGAAGAGGUUCGAAACCGUCUCUCAAACCUUCUAGGAGGUGCCGUGUUUCUUCUCCAGGGUAGUACCAGUCCAGGCCUCUCCUCCGCUACUACCAAUGGGAACGUUUUGAGUAGCUCCUACGAGGCUUUCACACAGUUUGCAACCGGUGACGGCCUUACUGAAGGAAAGGUGUUUAGCAAUGAGGAUAUUUCUGCCUAUGGACCAUCCAAGAUCCAGGAACAGUCCUCAGCAAUUGAGACACAUUUGAAGUCGUUAGAAAAAGCUUCAGCAGAUAUCGCAAAAUUACGAGCAGCAGCCGAUUUGCUUGCAGAGCAGUUGGGUCCAGAAAAGUCGGCUGAAUUGACAGCGAUUAUCGAUAAACUAGAGAAGGAUAUGGUAUCAGCAAAGUCAGCCCUUGUAGAUCGACUUGCAGCUCUUGAAUUGGCCAAUUCAAAAUGGGUUGAGAUUCGAGAGUUAACAAAGAAGUUAGAAGACUCUGCAGGUGUACAAGAGGACGCUCUUCAAGAUCUUAAAACUCGGAUUGCAUCAUUUACUCUGGAGGAUUGCACUGAUAUUGCCAGUGCGCGUGCUGCUUAUAGACAAUUGCUUGACGAGUAUGCCAUAAGCCUGAAUAAACUCAGGUCAGAUUCAUCUGGACUUUCUGCGGAAAUAAAUGACUUAGAUGGGCGACUAUUAGCUAUGAUGACUGUGGAAAGGGUUGAUGAGAAUGGAAAUGUUAUCCAGGAAAUGUUGGAAGAUGUUGAUCCAGAAGUAGCAGGUGUGAGAAAGAAAAUUGGUGUUCUUCAAUUACGCCAGAAAGGUAUCGCAAAUGUCUGCGCCUCGGCAGAAGUAAUGAUCACUGCCGCUAUAGCUGCUCUUGAAGAAUACGGACAAGUGAGCAGUACGGUAGAAACUUUUUUGGAACAAGUGAAUGGCAUUAAGACUGCUGAAUUUUGCUUCGAUGAAUUGAAUGAUGCUCGAAAAGCAAAAGAGCAAUUGCAGUCACUGAGGAAGCAAAUAGAAACUGAACUUGGAAGUGUUUCCGCGAAGAUGAGAGAACUGUCGCCGUUCCUAAAGAAUGCUCCGCAAUUAGCUGUAAGCACAUUCUUUGCCUUUGAAUAUAUGAAGACCUUUUUUCCUCAACUGUACACAAUCUUGUUGUACUUAAGGCUGCUUUCUUCACUUUCAGUGAGGGAAUCUUCAAUAUCUCAAGAUAAGUUUGAGUGCGUCAAAGAAUAA